CUGGGCUGGGCUGGGCUGCGCUGACCCCUCCCCAGCGGGGGCGGGACCCCAGGAGCAGCGAGGGAGCCAAACCCCAAAGAGGACCAGACACCGAAGAGGCGAGAUGGCGGGAACCGGCCUGGGGUCCCGCUUAUACAAGCAGAUCAAGAGGCACCCCGCGCUCAUCCCCAUGAUCGGCUUCAUCGGCCUGGGCAUGGGCAGCGCUGCGCUCUACCUGCUGCGGCUCGCCCUGCGGAGCCCCGACGUCUGCUGGGACCGAAAGAACAACCCGGAGCCCUGGAACCGCCUGAGCCCCAACGACCAGUACAAGUUCCUUGCAGUUUCCACGGAUUAUAAGAAGCUGAAGAAGGACCGGCCAGACUUCUGAGCCUGGCUGGGAUGGUGGAUACCGACGUCAGCCAGCCUCCUCCUCCCUGCCUCAGCCCCCAGCCUCCAGGGCGCCACCGUCGCUCCCCCGUCCGGCUCCUGAGCACACAGGCCUGGUUCCCACGCCUGAGGGAGGCGGCCCCGCCCCCACCCUCUCCCCUGUCCCCGCAGCGGAAGCACCCCUGACCCUCAGCUCCAGUCCCACGCAGGGGGGUGGGGUGGAGUCAGGAGGUGGGGCCCCAGUGUGUUGACUCAAAUGGCCCGAGGGGUCCCCUCUGCAGGGCUACAGGGGCCUCGGAGGGCGUGGCCAGGGCAGGCUACGUGAGGAGCGUGGCAGUCGUGAGCCAAGAGCAAGCAGGGGCCUCGCGUGCCAGGCGACGUGGCAGGCCCCGCGUCAGCCAGGGCUCAUUGCCUGCGGCCCAGCCUGCUCCGGAGGAGGCACCGCUGAGCCCGGGGAGGGGCGGCGCGCUGCUUCCUGCGGCUCAGGAGCCAACCCGCACCCCCUCCGGCCUCGCACCUGGGCCUCCCCCUGCUGUCCGCCCCUCCCGGCUCCCCUCUGUCCCUGGGGAUCAAACAGAAGCAGCCAUGGGCAAAAUACAAUUUCAUUUAACAAAUUGAA